AGCAUCAACCGGUUUCCCGCACCGGCCGGUCCCUCGCCGCCGCCGCCGCUUCUUCUUCGACUUCGGGAGAGCCUCCUCAUAUUUAUCGAAACCUAGCACGUAUUUUCGCAGAUAGAGGCACCGGCCAUUAAAUCGUGCGCCCAGUUGCAAAACGAAACCGAGCCUCGGAAGAGGGCGAUAAAUAGCCGCAAAGAAGAAGCCGAAAGCCACCGACAGCGGCGGCCGUCGUACGGCCAUUCGAGUGCAGAGGGCGCUAUCGGAGCAGGAACCGCGCGGGGGAGCUCGUUCAAAAUUGACGGCGGCACAUCGCAUCACAGUGGGCACGGCGGCGCUUGUGCGGGUGUCAGCGCGGACGAGUGUGUGUGUUCCUGCUGCGGGUCAUUCGAUGUCUAGCGAUGGCAUCGGGACACAGCCUGCUUCUUCUCUUCGGGCUGUUCACGGCGGCUUUCCUGCUCCAGGGCUCGCGUCAGGCGGACCUCGACCUGACAUUUGACGAGGGCGAGUUUGCCGACUCCCCCAAGGUCGUGGAUGGCGGCUCCAGCACGCUUUCGCCGUUGCGGAUCAUGAACCGCGUGCGACGCUGGUGGUACGACAAAGACCCCACGACGACGGAGGCCUCUGCAGGCGAACCGUCCUCGUCGACGACGACGACCAUCGCAGAGCCCGAGAUCCACUCAACGACGAGGCGACAUCACCGGGAGACGUCAAUCACGGACGACGAGGACGAUAUCGAGGCGUCCGGGGACGGGUUCGACGGUCACGGGUCCACGGACCACAGUGGGGGAGGUCCGAGCUUAGAUGACGACGACAAAAAGAUGGUGCACGUGCCCGGACCGGGCGCCAAGCAGCCCGGCAUUAAGGACACGCACUCCUUCGACAAGCCGUCCUCCCCACGAGGUACGGUGUUCUUCCGCGGAUCCCUGACGGUGCUGAACAGCCCGUUCGAGCCGGGCCUGACAGACAGCCGCAGCGAACAGUUCCGGCAGCUCAGCUCCGAGCUCUCGCACGAGCUGUCCCACAGCCUAGCCCAAAGGUUGCGGUUGCGGCCGCCACACAACAUCCCGUCGGUGAACGUGCUUCGAUUCGGCCCAGCGGCGGUCGGGGAUCGCACCGACGCGCUCAGCGUCGUUUUCGACGUCGGCGUGCCGGACGGCGCGGACCAGGAGAAGCUUCACAGGGGCUUCAUGGAGCUUGUGGACAGCGGUCGCCUGGACAGGUUUCAGCUGGCCAAGGAAGGGUCGACUCUCGCGCAGAUUCUAGAUCCCAGUCACCAUGCGGGCGGUAUCCAGUGCGGUCCCACCCAGUUUGCUUGUGAUGACAAUCGGAGAUGCGUUGAUGAAGAUCGCCGAUGUGACGGUCGUCACGACUGUGCAGACCGCGCCGACGAAGAGGGCUGUCCUGCCAUUAAACAUCCCUCCCACCAUAAUACCACUCACCACGUCCAAUGCGGUCCCAAUGAGUUUGCGUGUGACGGCAACCGGAGAUGUGUCGAUGAAGCUCGCCGUUGCGAUGGUCGUCGCGACUGUUUAGAUGAUUCAGAUGAAGAGGGGUGUCCUCCCAGGAAACCUGAAGAUGCCUCUCCAUGCGGUCCCAACGAGUUUGCGUGUGAUGGCAACCGGAGAUGCAUCGAUGAAGCUCGCCGUUGCGAUGGUCGUCGCGACUGUUUAGAUAAUUCAGAUGAAGAGGGGUGUCCUCCCAGGAAACCUGAAGAUCCCAGUCACCGUGAGAGUGGUAUCCAAUGCGGUCCCAACGAGUUUGCUUGCGACGGCAACCGGAGAUGUGUCGAUGAAUCUCGUCGUUGCGACGGUCGUCGGGACUGUGCAGAUGAUUCAGAUGAAGAGCGCUGCCCAGCCAGGGAACCUCAUGUUCCCCCUACACAUGGCCGAAGUCCCUGUCCAGCCAACCAGUUUGCCUGUGAUGACAACCGUCGGUGUGUGGAUUCAAGUGCGCGAUGCAACGGCCGUCAAGAUUGUGCUGACAACACGGAUGAGCAGGGCUGCCCUCAGAGAGGGGACACGGUUCCCGAGGUUCCCUCCUGUCAACCCGGCCAGUUCCAGUGCAGGACUGGGGAGUGUUUACGUGGCAGCCAACGCUGCGAUCGUUCUAGGGAUUGUCCCGGGGGAGAAGACGAGUCGGACUGCUUGACCUGCCGAUCGGAUGAAUUCCGGUGCGAGAAUGGAGAUUGCAUUCCCAUGAUUAGACGUUGCAACGGCGUUCAAGACUGUCCCGACGGAAGUGGGGCCGAUGAAAAGGACUGUCCACCUGCUGCGGAUGACUGCGCACUUGGGAAAUUUCGCUGCGGUAAUGGCCAGUGCAUUGCUCGGGAAUUGCUAUGCAAUCGCAGGCGAGAUUGCACGGACGGCUCCGACGAGAGGAAUUGCCCAUGCAGCGACGAUCAGUUCCGGUGUGGCAAUGGCAUUUGCAUCAACAAGGCCAGGGAGUGCGAUGGCUACAACGACUGCCAGGAUAGGAGCGAUGAGCUCAAUUGUCAAAAAAGGUGUGCUCUCAACGAGUUUAGGUGUCACAGUGGAACUUGCGUUCCUGUCAGAGCUCGUUGCAACGGAACACGGGAAUGCCCAGAUGGCUCGGAUGAAAACCAGUGCACGUCACCCACUUGCAGGAUUGACCAGUUCAGGUGUCGUAGCGGCAGUUGCUUGAGCCAAGCGCGAAGAUGCGACGGCAUCUCCGAUUGCCCCGGCGGCGAAGAUGAAAUCUCCUGCAAUGGUCAACCACAAAGCUGUCAGAGCCACGAGUACAAAUGCUUGUCGGGCCCAUGCAUCGACGCGCGCAAGAAAUGUGAUCGCCACAGAGAUUGUCCAAAUGGUGAUGACGAGGACAACUGUAUCCAUGACACGAAAACAUGCAAUGAUAACGAGUUUCAGUGUCACGAUGACCAGCGCUGCCUGCCCGUGUACUUCCGCUGUAACGGCAGAGCUGAAUGCAGAGAUGCGAGCGAUGAAAAAGACUGCCAAUGCAAGCCCCAAGAAUUUAAGUGCACAUCUGGCAGGUGUAUUGACAAGAGGAGAAAGUGUGACAGACGUGUGGACUGCGAGGAUUUCUCUGACGAAGCGGACUGUGAAUGUGAAACGGACGAAUUUCGUUGCGGGGAUGGAAAAUGCAUUGACGGGAAUAGGCGAUGUGAUGGCAGGACAGACUGCACAGAUCACUCGGAUGAAACCGACUGUCCUUGCAAGGACCACGAGUUCCGCUGUGGAGAUGGGCGGUGCAUCGACGUUCAUAGAAAGUGUGAUGGAACGGCAGACUGCCGCGAUUACUCCGACGAAAGGAAUUGCGAAUGCAAGGACAACGAGUUCCGUUGCUCCGAUGGAACUUGCAUUGACAAGGCUCGGCGGUGUGAUCGAACACCAGACUGCAGAGACCGCUCCGACGAGCAUGGCUGUCCUGUUCCAGGUUGCACUGCUGCACAGUUCAAGUGUGGUGAUGGACGCUGUAUUGACAUUAGGAGAAAGUGUGACGAUAGGGUAGACUGCUCGGACUUCUCUGACGAAGCUAACUGUGUCUCUGAAGCUUGUAGGGCAGAUGAGUUCAGAUGCAAGUCUGGCGAGUGCAUUAGGAUUUCAGGAAGAUGUGACAAACGCCGGGAAUGUCCCGACGGAAGCGAUGAGGAAGACUGUUGUACUUCGGAAGAAUUCCACUGCAAGAGUGGAGAGUGCAUUACGAAACACCUCAGGUGUGAUGGUCAUUAUCACUGUAGAGAUGGGUCCGACGAAACAGGCUGCAGGACUUGCCAGCUUGACCAGUAUGUCUGUGCUAAUGCCCAGUGCAUUGAGCGAUCAAAGCGCUGCGAUGGUCGAUUUGACUGCACGGAUUUCUCGGAUGAAGCAGACUGUCCUCCAGAUGCAGGCAUCAACAUAAGGGUCUAUCCAGAGCGCCAGACCAUAAAGCAAGGGCAAGAGGUGGUGUUCCGCUGCCGGGACGAGGGGACGCGGCGUUCCCAGGUGAAGUGGACGCGCCCGGACAACCACCCGCUGCCUCCCGGCUCUACGGACGCCCGUGGCAGGCUCACUAUGCCCAACGUGCAGCCUGACCAUGGCGGCGUCUACCUCUGCCGGGCCGAGGGGGCCCCCGGGGGAGCUUCAGGGGCACAGAAGGCUGCCUUCCUCACCGUGCAGCCAUACACUCCACCAACACCCAAACCGGACCGGCCAUUAGGAGCCUGUAAACACGACGAAGCCACCUGUCAAAACGGAAAGUGCGUUCCGCGGAAGUACGUCUGUGACGGGGAUUACGACUGUGAAGACGGCUCCGACGAGCUUAACUGCGCUCAACCUUCAUUGUGUGAACCCAACGAGAUGCAGUGCGGAAAUAAAAAAUGCAUCCUGAAGGUGUAUCUCUGCGAUGGAGACGAUGACUGUGGUGACGGAACUGAUGAACAGAACUGCCGAGAAAGCAUUCCUGGGUCCCCGUGUCGUAUGGGCGAGUACCAGUGUCUUUCGGGAGACCAGUGCAUUCCUAAGAGUUUCCACUGCGACGGAGAAUUUGACUGCCAGGACAAGUCUGACGAAAUUGGGUGCUCACCCCCGACCAUCACUCAAUCCCCGUCUGAAGUCGUCAACGCCAUAGAGGGAGAAACAGUCAACAUCACGUGCCGCGCCAUCGGCAACCCUGUGCCCUUGAUCAACUGGCGCCUCAACUGGGGCCACAUCCCGCCCAAGCCGAGGGUCACGACGACGAGCGACAACGGCUACGGAGUGGUCACCAUCCGCGACGUGCGCCAGUCCGACCAGGGGGCCUGGUCAUGCGAGGCCAUCAACAGCAAGCAGAGCGUGCUCGCCACUCCGGAUGCCAUACUUGUGGUCAAGACCAAGGGUGUCUGCCAUCCUCCCCUCUUCAAUGACAAAGCACAAUCAAGCUCGGACUGUCUGCGCUGCUUCUGUUUUGGGGUGGCUCAAACCUGCCACAGCAGCAGCCUGCACAAGACAAGUAUUCCUCUGGUGACAGAGGUGUCCGUUGCUGCCAUGAGUGUCCUCCCGGAUGGAAGCUACAUGGACGUGACGGAGAAGUUCCGGCCAAACCAGAAUGCCAUUCGGUCCAGCCCCGGCAACAGGGAGUUCAGAAUCGACAGUGGAGUGAAGACCUCGGAUGCGUCGGUCCACUACUACUGGAGCCUGCCUGCCGAAUUCCUUGGCAACCAGGUGAACAGCUACGGAGGCCACCUGAAGUACACCUUCAGGUACCGGGCCUCGUCGAGGCCUGCCCAGGUUGCAGACGUGAUCCUGAAGGGCAACCGCCUGACCCUCUACCACACGCUCCGACAAUCUUACGGGCCUCUCAGAGACAAUGCCGUGGAGGUCCAGUUCUGGGAGGGUGAAUGGCACAAGGCAGACAGACAAAGUCGAGGCCCGGACACCGCCACCAGAGAAGACAUCAUGAUGGCGCUCCAGAACAUUGAGGGCAUCUUCGUUCGUGCAAGCUUCGACGACGAGCUUGCGGAAUCCAGCAUCCAGAACCUUGAAAUGGAGUCUGCUUCUUAUUCGAGUCCCAAAAAUCCUCCUGCAACAUUUGUAGAACAGUGCUCUUGUCCAACUGGAUACACAGGCAAUUCAUGUGAGAACUGUGCCCCGGGCUACAUCAGACGUCGCACUGGGUCCUACCUCGGAGAAUGCACGCAGGGAGUGCUUCCCUGCAACUGCAAUGGCCACUCCACGUCAUGUGACCAACAGUAUGGCCGUUGCCUGAACUGCCAGCACAACACGGAUGGACCCAGCUGUGGGUCUUGCAAGCGUGGUUUCUAUGGAAAUGCAACCAAUGGAUCCCCCAGUGAUUGUCAGUCCUGUCCUUGCCCAAUAGUUGCAGUUCCAGGACAGUUCUCACCGACCUGCGUGUUGGAGGCAGAUGGCCAGGUGACGUGCAACAGUUGCCCCAUCGGCCUUGAAGGCCGACGCUGUGAGCGAUGCGCUCCGGGUUACGAACGCUCUCCAGGUUCCUCUGAUGGUCCCUGCCAUCUCAAAGAAUGCGAGCCCGGACAGUUCCAAUGCGGUGAUGGGUCAUGCAUAGAUUACAGGAGGAGGUGUGAUGGACAUUACGAUUGUAAUGAUUACUCUGACGAACAGAACUGUGCAUGUGGUUAUAACCAAUUCAGAUGUCCCGAUGGAACUUGCCUCAGUGUUCGCCAAAGGUGCGAUGGCAAGGCAGACUGCAUAGACAUGUCUGAUGAAAACAAUUGCGGUGGUGCACGGUGUGAUGCGGCUGGUAGUUUGAGCACUGAACGCAAUCCAUCGACUGGUCUUUGCCAAUGCAAGCCACUGGUAACUGGAAGUGCAUGUGACCAGUGCAAAGCAAACUCAUUCCAUCUCCACCCAAGUUCACCUCUUGGAUGUGUGGAGUGUUUCUGCAUGGGAAUCACAAAGUCCUGCUCUAGCAGCUUCUACCACAGGGAACAGGAGGUGCUGAGGUUCUCGUCGAGCACUGAGGGCGUCCACCUGACCAACCUGGAGCGGACGGUGACCAUCGACAGGGGGCUGAAGCUGGACCCAAGGAGCAAAGAGUUGGUUUACCAGGACUUCUCCACCCAUCCUCGGCAAACCUACUACUGGCAGCUGCCCCAGAGGUUCCUGGGGGACAAGGUGACUGCAUACGGCGGUCUUCUCAACUUCACAAUCAGAAGUGAUGGAACAGAAAGGCAGAGCAGGAGCCCAGAUGUCCAGAUCUCUGGAAACAAGAUCAUUCUCAUAUACAGGCACCCUGAUCGGCUCAAGACAAGGUUCCCCCAGACAGUGUCCAUCCCAAUGUUUGAGACUUCCUGGAUCCGAGCUGAUGGGCUGCCUGCAACCAGGGAGCACUUCCUUAUGGUUCUUGCAGACCUCAGUUCUAUUUUGAUCAAGGCAACACUCAGCGAGGAAGCAGACACAGCCAGCCUUGUGGAAGCAUCGCUGGACGUGGCAGUGGAGUAUCCAACUGGACAGGCGCUGGCUCAUGCGGUGGAGCACUGCCGCUGUCCAAUAGGAUACAAGGGCCUCUCAUGCGAGGACUGCGACGCCGGCUACACGCGCUCAGGCGCCGGGCUCUACCUGGGCCUGUGCGUGCCCUGCUUCUGCAACGGCCACUCCAGCGACUGCGACCCCGAGACCGGAGCCUGCAAGAAUUGCCAGCACAACACCCAGGGUGAAUACUGCGAAGAAUGCCUACCUGGUUUUAUUGGCGACGCCACUGGAGGCACUCCCAGCGACUGCGAAGCGGUGUUAGUGCCUUCCUGCAGGUGUGACAACAGAGGCAGUACCAGGCAAGAAUGCGAUGCCAGAGACAACUGCCCAUGCAAGACCAAUGUGCAGGGGAAGAACUGCAACCGGUGCAAGGACGGCCAUUUCAACCUGGAAGCGUCGAACCCCGAUGGAUGCUCGCGCUGCUUCUGCUUUGGAGUCACCGAGCAGUGCAGCAGCAGCUCUUACUACAGAAAUGAGAUCAAGAUGCAGCUGCAAGACUUGAGGGAUCCAUAUGCUCACAACUUCCAACUGUCGAACCGGUACCACUCGGACAUCAUUACCGACACCAUUGUCGUCAACCCGACUAACAAUGAAGUCAGCUACUCAUCAUUCCCCCGGGAUUCUGCUGAACAGACUCCCCGCCUGUGGUCACUUCCAGAACAGUUUCUUGGAAACAAGCUCACCUCUUAUGGAGGAGUGCUUCGCUACACUCAGCAGUACACUGCAGAACCUGACGGUGAAACCUACAGCGAUGCAGAUGUACAGAUUACUGGAAACGGUGUCACCAUAUUCUAUGUAAACAUUCCUCCCCUCCCACCCUCGGAAACCCGGACAUUUGAGAUUGUACUCAGGGAGGCUCGUUGGCAGCGGGUCGAUUCUCGGGGCCCCACGGUGGCCACACGGGAAGACAUCAUGAAGGUGCUGGCCAACGUGGAGGUGCUACUGAUCCGGGCCUCGUUCAACUCCCGCAUGCGGAGCUCAAGCCUCCGGGACGUGUCGCUCUCGACGGCGGUGCCCCACCGGUCCAGCAGCCAGGCACUGGCAGUCGAAGUGGAGCAGUGCACCUGCCCCCCCGGCUACAACGGGCUCUCCUGCGAGGAGUGUGCCCCUGGAUACAUCAGGGACAUUAGCGGACCCGGUCUCGGAAGGUGCACACGCUGCCGUUGCAAUGGUCACUCUGAAUCCUGCGACGCGGCAUCUGGAAACUGCGUGCGCUGUCGCCACAACACAGUCGGCGAUUCCUGCCAGAGGUGUGCGGACGGCUUUUACGGUGAUGCCACAAGGGGCACCCCGGAGGACUGCAAACCGUGCCCAUGUCCCCACGCACUUCCUUCGAAUCAGUUUUCCCCAACUUGUUUACUGGAUACUGACAACAAGCCAACGUGCAACGCUUGUCCUCAGGGCUACACCGGGCGGAACUGCGAACAGUGUGCUCCAGGUUACAAUGGAAACCCUCUCCAGCUUGGUGGGAGGUGUGAGCCUUCUGGAGGUGGCUCUUCUCAGACCAUGAAAGUGCGUGUUGAAGAACCGAGAGUGCAAAGAAUUCCUGUGGGGUCUACUGUGACUCUGCGAUGCACCGGACAGUCUCAGUCGAAGGCGCCGUUUUCCCUGGUCUGGACCAAGGAGGGGGGCAGCCUGCCUGCCCGAAGCACAGAGGCCAGCGGAAUUCUCACCAUCCCUGAGGUCCGCAUGGGAGACAAUGGGACGUACGUCUGCACUGGCUCGGACGUUUCCAGCGUGUUCCAAGACAGGGCCGUCCUCAUCGUGGAUGGUAUGCAACUUGCCUCACUCGUUGUGGAUGGGCAAGACCAGAAGUCUGCUCCACGGGCACGCAUCGAGCCCCAUUUUCUCGAGGUCAACGUCGGUCACCCCGUGGAGUUCCGCUGCCUCGCCGAUGGCUUUCCGGAACCCAAGGUCUCUUGGACCGGGGGCCGGGGCGGCAUCCUCAACCCGGAGUCCACCUUCAUCGACGGCGUCUUCCGCAUUCCAACGGCCCGCAAGACCGACGAGGCCGAGUACUUCUGCACGGCCAGCAAUGCCAUGGGCACAGACACUAUCAGGACCGUCUUGUUCGUCAAAGGGGAUGACUCCUCCUCUGGAGAUGGUCCACACCUGACCAUCCACCCUACGAGUGCGGAUGCACGAAGGGGUGAAACGGUGCGCUUUGACUGUCGAGCAACUGGACACCCGACCCCCAACAUCACGUGGUCCUUCUCUGGGGGACCCAUGCCAGACAACGCCAAUCAGGUUGGAGGUGUGCUUACACUGCUGAACGUCGACGAACAGAACCAAGGCAACUACAUGUGUGUCGCUAGCAAUCGUUAUGGAACAGCCCAAGGACAGGCACCUCUGCAGCUGACAACACGAAGGAACAUUCCCUCUGUGCACAUUGAGCCCGAGCGACAAACCGUGAGGCAGGGAGAGGAUGCCAGGCUGCGCUGCAUCGCUACUGGCACACCCACCCCCGUGAUCACUUUCACCAAGGUUGGGGGAAACCUCACCCACAGGCACAUUGUGCAAGACGACGUGCUAGUGAUUGAACAAACCAUCGUUCAAGACCGUGGCCACUACGUCUGCCGUGCUGAAAACAGGGAGGGCAUGGCUCAGGCUACGGCAGUGCUGGAAGUCGAUCGCAGGGAAGUCCCCUUGGUGGAAAUCUACCCCAAGACCAUCCCGGAGAUCCAUCACGGAGACAGCGCCGUGCUUCAGUGCCGACCUACCGCCGGAAUACCUACUCCGUCCGUAGAGUGGACCAGAGCCGAUGGAAGUCCGUUCACACCGAGCACUGAACUGUCUAGCCCAGGAAUACUUAGGUUUAACAAGUUCACAAGAGAGGAAGAAGGCACAUACAUCUGUUCUGCUGAGAAUGCAAUGGGCAAAGUGACAGCCCAGGCGACACUGAAGAUGAAAGGCACACCGUUUGCACGCAUCCUGCAACAAAAUCCGUACACGGUGCGGGUGGGCGACCAGAUUCGGCUGGACUGCAUCUCGGAGGGGGACCCCAAGCCCUCGGUGUCGUGGAGGCGGCUCCAGCAGCCCAUCACCACCUACUCCAGCACGGAGGAACUCCAGGGCGGAACCACCACGCUGUUCAUCCGUCGCGUUGCGCCGUCAGACUCCGGCACCUACGUGUGUGAGGCUAGGAACCACGGAGGAGUUUCGGAGGAGAGGAUACAGGUCGUUGUCCACGGGGGCGAAGGCCAUGUUCCCACAUUGGUUGCAGACCAGAAGCUGGUGACUGCUUCCGUCGGAAAAGAGGCCGAACUGCGUUGCCACGUUGAAGCCACCGAGCGACCAAUUAUGAUCAGCUGGGUCAAGCUGCACGACGGCAACAUGUCCGAGCACACCGUUGAAAACGGGAUACUGCACUUCCCGAGAGUCCAGGCAUCGGACGCCGGAGAAUACAUGUGCUCCGGUUCCGACGAAGGCCACCCCAUUUUCACCGUUCGUGUACGGCUGGCCGUCAUCGCUCCUCCCCGCAUCCAGCUGAACCCGACCCAGCAGAAUGUGAGGCCCGGCCACCGAGUGUUCAUCCGCUGUUCAGCCGAUGGCGAGCCCCCCAUCAGCUACCACUGGUCGCGUGUCGGGGGACAGCUGCCCCCCAACACCGUGCAGACGGACGGCGUGCUCGAGUUCAGGGGCAUCGCCCUCACCGAUGCCGGCAGGUACAUCUGCACCGCCGCCAACGCUGCCGGCAAGGCGGAGGGACACGCCGAGGUUCUAGUCAAUGAAGGCUCUGAAAUUGGAUCACUGCGGAAGGAAGAGACUGCCUUUGUUGGGUCCAACAUUGAACUGAAAUGCCCACUCACUGGAUCUUCUCCUGAAAGGAUAGAGUGGACCAAGGAUUUCCGCCAGCUUCCCCAGAACGCCAGAGAAGUCAAUGGUGAACUCUGGAUCAAGGACGUUCAGCAAGGAAAUCGAGGAAGGUACAUUUGUGUGGCCAAGAAUGGGGACAGUGUGACCUCUAGAGAUGCCGUGAUCCUUCACGUGAGAGACGUUCCCAGCCUUUCAGUGAAAAUUCAAGCGAGCAAGGAGUAUGUACACAUGGGAGACAGCUUGGACCUGCGCUGUCACGCGACUGGUGACGGUGCAGCGUCAGUUCGAUGGACCAAGCUGUCCCACGACGGCCACUUCCCCGAGAAUGUGCGGGUGCGAGGCGCCGUGCUCUCGGUGAACGGCGUUCGAGCCGAAAACGGCGGCGUCUACCGUUGCUCCAUCGACAGCCCCGCCGGAACGCUGAACGACGACUACGUCCUUGCCAUUGAAGAAACUCCCACGGUGGCACCUAACGAAGUGGAGACGCGGACCGUCCCGUACGGGUCCACGGUGGUCCUGGACUGCAAGACGAACCUGGAGGAGCCCGUGGCGUACACUUGGACCAAGCAGACGGGCAACCUGCCCCAUAAGGCCAAGGAGCACCAUGGCAGCCUGACUGUCCCAGACGUCGGAUCCUUGGACGCCGGCACCUACAUCUGCACCGCCAAGUCCGAGCACGCCACCAUCGAGAUUCCGACCGUCCUCAAGGUCACAGGCUUGCUCCCGCGGUUCACCCAAGCUCCACUUUCGUACAUGAAGUUGCCUACCAUUGUGAAUGCUUACAUGGGCUUUGAAGUUGAGAUCACAUUCAAACCUGAAAAAGAUCACGGGCUACUUCUGUAUAAUGGCCAACAAGAGGAUGGCGGUGGAGAUUUCAUUUCCUUGGGUCUGACCAACGGCUACCUGGAAUUCCGCUUCGAACUGGGCUCUGGCGUGGGGCUCCUCAGAAGCCAGCGGCCAGUACAGAUGGACACAUGGCACACUGCCAAGAUCAGCAGGGAGAAGAGAGACGCCAAACUUAAAGUUGACGAUCAAUCAGAAGUCACCGGAUCAUCUCAGGGAAAAAUGAUGGGACUGGACUUGACACAGCCUCUCUUUGUCGGAAGCGUUCCAAACUUUGACAAGGUCUCCCGAGAAAACGGCUACUCUGUUGGUUUUGUGGGUUGUGUGAGUGAGAUCAAGUUUGGACCCAAUGCGCUGGACCUGGCCAAGGACUCGGAGCAGGUGGGCACAACGCCGUGCGAGACGUGCUCGUUGAACCCGUGCAUCCACGACGGGGUCUGCCAGGAGGCCCCCACGGAGGCCGGCUACCGCUGCAUCUGUCCCCCGGGCUUCUCGGGGCGCGACUGCGAGAAGGUGGGCGAGGCCUGCUACCCCGGCCUGUGCGGCGAGGGCCGCUGCGUGAACAGGCCCGGAGGGGGCCUCGACUGCUACUGCCCCUUCGGCCGGACCGGACUCCGCUGCGAGAGGGAAAUAUCCAUUGUGGAGCCUGCCUUUGCGGACGAUGCCUUUGUUGCCUACCCGACACCCAACGGUUCCCUUAGUAGCUUGAAAGUGAACAUGAAGAUCAAGCCUAGGACCCUGGAUGACUGCCUGCUUGUGUACUGUGCCCAGUACCCUGAUCAGAAGGGAGACUUCACAUCCAUUGGCAUCCGCAAUGGAAGUGUGGAAUUCCGUUUUGACACGGGAUCGGGGCCUGCAGUGAUUCGGCACCCGGAGAAGCUCCACCCAAAUGAAUGGAUCACUGUGGCGGCAUCGAGGGAAGCCCAGGACGGAGCCCUGGUUGUGAACGACGGCCACAAAGCCACGGGGCGUUCGCCGGGCCACACGCGGGGUGUCAAUCUCAACAUUCCCAUGUACGUGGGGGGCGUCGACAAGCAGAAGAUCAAGGUGCACCCAGACGCAGGCGUCUCGCACGGCUUCGAAGGGUGCGUCGCACAUAUUGAGGUGAACAAUGUGAAGAUGGACCUGGUGGGAGCAGUGGUAGACUCAUCCAAUGUGGACGACUGCGGUGGCAGGGCCCCCUGCGAAAAGAAUCCUUGCCAGAACCACGGCAUGUGCCGAGAGAGGGGUCCCAAGACCGACGACUUCGAGUGCAUCUGCAAGGCUGGAUACAGUGGUCGAAGAUGCGAGAUUGAAGAGGACUUCUGUUCGAAGAUAAACCCGUGCCAGAAUGGUGCCGAAUGUGUGGGGCACGGCAAUUCAUACAGGUGCAAUUGUCCCAAGGGAUUCUCUGGACCGAACUGCGAAUCAUUCGUCACCUUCGACGAGAACGCCAGCUUCCACGGAGAUGGCUGGGUGGCGCUGAGCAGAGACCUGCUGCCCCACACUGCAGACAACUCGAGCGAAGUGAUCAAGCUGAGCUUCUCAACAACGGAGCGCGACGGCCUGCUGCUGUUCCAAGGGCAGCCCAAGGGGGUCAAUGCUCGCGGACAGGACUACAUCUCCUUGGCGGUCGUCAACGGGCUGCUCGAGUUUAGCUAUGAAAUGGGGAGCGGGCCUGCCCAGAUCAUCUCCAAGCAGAGAGUAGAUGAUGGAGGUUUGCAUACAGUCGAGCUGAGGAGAACUGGAAGGCAGGGUGUUUUGAAGCUGGAUGACAGAGAAGUGCACGGAGAGUCGCCGGGGAUGCUCAUCAGGCUCAACACCAAAAGUGACAUUUACAUCGGUGGUGCACCAGAACCCAGGGAAAUGACUGCCAACAGGAACCACGAGGGUUUCAAGGGCUGCAUCUUCAACGUCCAGAUCCAGGAUUCCGGCAUUAUUAACUUAUACAAGGACUCAAACGAAGCUGUCAACACCGACCAGUGUGAACAGCACUUCGGAAGUGGAGACUAUCUGACAAACUUCGAAGCAAUGAGCAACAAGUGACCUUCUGCAGUGCAGCAGUUUCUUUGAGCUUUCCAUUUCUUUUUAAAGCCAGUCGUUUUUGUUGGUUGUUCCUGGCGCUAAAGCAUUGGCUUGCCACCCAAGUAGUUGAAGAGCAUGUAGUAAUUUUGUUGUCCCAGAGCAGGGAAUGCAGAAGCCCACAGUCAUUUGCAUCCUGCCUUUUUUUUUUUCAUACUUUUUGCAGCUACAAGAGUUGCCAUCUUUGCAAAGGCAGUCUUCUUUCUUUAGCACAUUAUUUUUUUCACUCUAGUCUCAUUCCUUCUAAUUAUUGUUUGUUGAAACUGGCAGUAGCACCGCACUCGUGGCACUCUGAUGUUCUUUCAUUAUAUUUUUGUCACGUUGACUUCCGAGUGAAUAGUAUAGUUGGAAGAUGUUACCGCCCCGUCUGACCGAGGGUUUGCUUUGUGUUUUUUGAGGGUUGCCUUGGAUCUGUGCUUCAUCUAUGCAUGUCAGUGUUGUCCCACAAACAUAAAAUGCAUUUAAUUCACUGCAUACAUCACACAACCCGCGAAACAUGCAACUCUCGUUUGGAGAAGCUAGGCAUUCAAAGGAAUUUCGCAUUGCCGAAAGAGUGUGUAUAUUUAUGGUUAUCUUUCGAGUAGAGUAUGAAAUGAGUUUACGGUUUAUGUUAGUGCAUCCUUCAUUGGGGUUGGGGGAUGAAACGACUAUCAUUGUCUUAGCUGCUGUAGCUUAUGCGACCACACAUUUUGAUUUUGCACAAAUGACACAGUGCCAAAUUUUCUUUAGUGGAAAUUUUUUGGAAACAUGAUGAAGCUUCUCGAUUUCUUUUUUGGCACUUUGACAGUCUCACUUUGUACUUUUAUCCUCGGCGAAGUGUGUACAACACGUUUGUGAAGUGAAGGAAGUGCCGGCAGCUUAAAUUGCCGCACGUUGCGAGGAAGAAGUGUAUAAGAUGGCUUAUUUAUGACAGCAGAGCUUUUCUGCCUUUUUUACACAAAUUUGCUACAUUUGUUAUAAGGUUGAUAGAAACUGGUAAAAACACAGGCAGCAUGUAUGUUUUUCUUCUUCGUCCAUUCUUGCGCUUUUUUGUGGGCAUAUAUGGUAAUACUUAGCGUAGACAUGGUCCACAUUUGAGGCUGCAGUCAGUUUUUGUCCUAAAUGAAUUGUUAUCCUAGGUUUGGUAUUUAAGUUUUGUAGUAGACUGGGAGCGACGGGAAGGAUUUGGAGGAAAAUGACCUUUAUCUCACCUGGUGAAUAAUUUAAACAUUUUCUUCUGUGCGCAUGUAAAUAUUUCAGAGUGUUUGACUGCAGCUGUUGUGGUUUCACUGCCAUUUACAAUGUUUGUUUCCUGUGCUGCCUUUUCAAAAAUGUGUGGCAGCUGUGCAAAAACUUAGUUGCUUAUGAUUUUACUGCUGCUAUGGCCUCUUGAAAAUCGAGAUAAUAAAGCUGAUGUUUCUUGUUA